UUUUCUUCAAGUAUAAAAAAAAAAAAAAAUCUGUAUUUAUUCUAUCUUAUUCAUGCUACUACCAGAGUUCUGGUAUUUGUGAAAAACCCACUUCCUGAAUUCUGAAACCAUGUUCUAAGGACUCUAAACAAGCUCUCCCCCUGAUUAAUCAAGCUCAGGACAAAGACAUGUAACAUUAAUGAAGGCAAAAACAAAGACUACAAAUAGCUUAUUCAGUCCUUCCACAAAGCUCAAACUCAAGUGCAAAAUACAUUCUCAAAUUCUUUUUCAUUUUAUUGCUCUUUGUUUACAUUAUGUGUCCAUUUUUAUCUCCUUCUUCUGCAGGCAAAUGGCUAGGAUUUGUCACUGCAAUAUGGGUGCAAGCAAUCUGCGGUAACAAUUACACAUUUUCCAACUACUCUGAUGCUCUAAAAUCUCUCAUGGGUCUUACGCAGUUGGAGCUUAAUAAUCUCUCUGUAGCAAAAGAUGUUGGCAAGGCAUUUGGUCUUCUCUCUGGCCUUGCUUCAGAUCGUUGGCCAACUUCAGUUCUACUCUUCAUUGGUUCACUUGAAGGAUUUGUAGGGUAUGGAGUCCAAUGGCUGCUUGUCAGCCAGCGAAUCCGUCCUCUUCCAUACUGGCAGAUGUGUAUAUUUCUGUGCAUGGGAGGCAAUAGCACAACAUGGAUGAACACAGCAGUUCUAGUGACUUGUAUGCGAAGUUUCCCAAAGAACCGGGGUCCAGUCUCAGGAAUCCUCAAGGGUUUUGUAGGACUCACCACAGCAAUCUUCACUGAUGUCUGCACAGCUCUUUUCCCCUCUACUCCCUCUACAUUUCUGCUAAUUUUAGCCAUUGCUCCUGCUGUCAUUUGUUUCGCUGCUAUUCUCUUCCUUCGUGAAACCUCACCUGCUGCUAGCCUUGCAGAAGAAAAGCAAGAAACUCAGUUGAUCAAUAUUUUCAACGUCAUUGCCAUAGCAGUAGCCCUCUAUCUCUUGGCAUUUGACAUCACUGGAAGUCACGGCCAUGUUCUUUCUCUGAUAUUUGCAGUAGGUCUUCUAUUCCUACUAGCUACCCCAUUAAUUGUUCCAUUAUACACUGCUUUAUUCAAAAUGAAACCCAGUUCAGAUAUUGAGCAACAAGUUAAGGAACCAUUACUUGUCGCUCGAGAAAUUUCACCAGCCAAGCAAGAGAAGGCAGAGACAUCAUCAUUAACCAGCAUGAAAGCGGAGAAUGUUGAGAUAAAGCGACAGCCAUUGAUCGGGGAGGAUCACACAGUGCUUGAAAUGGUACAAACAUUCGAUUUCUGGAUCCUGUUCUUAUCAUUUCUUUGUGGCGUGGGUACUGGGAUGUGUGUGAUGAACAACAUGGGGCAAAUGGGGCUAGCACUUGGAUAUGCUGAUGUAUCCAUUUUUGUGUCGCUCACUAGCAUUUGGGGAUUUUUCGGACGCAUUAUAUCUGGUCUGGUAUCAGAACAUCAACUCUGGAAAUUUGGGACACCAAGGCCUCUGUGGAAUGCAGCUUCUCAAAUUGUAAUGACUAUUGGGUUAGUGGUAAUGGCACUGGCAUUGCCUGGAUCCCUUUACCUUGGUUCAGUUAUGGUUGGAGUAUGCUAUGGAGUUCGUCUGACAGUAACUGUUGCAGUAGCAUCAGAACUAUUCGGCCUCAAAUACUAUGGUUUGUUAUACAACAUUCUCAUUCUGAAUCUCCCACUGGGUUCCUUCCUUUUCUCAGGGCUGCUUGCUGGUUACCUGUAUGAUGCUCAAGCAAAAAGCACAGCUGAAGGUGGCAAUGUCUGUAUUGGUCCUCAAUGUUAUUUCCUCAUCUUUCUCAUCAUGGCACUGGCAUGUGUUCUUGGGUUUGGACUUGAUGUGCUGUUAGCCAUUAGAACAAAGAAAGUGUAUGCCAAGAUUUAUUCAGACAAGAAAUCUAGUAUGUCAAUUGUCGCUUGAGGAUUCUUUUCUAUUUUAAAUUUCUUUUCCUUCUUGUCUCAAAUUUUCAUUAAGUUGUGAAGAGACAAUUUUUAGGGAUUGUAUUUGUAUAUAUGUAAUUUCUUUUUUCUUUUAAAUUUUUGGAAAAGGACAGCGACAAAGCUACUUUUACUAUCUUAUUUUUUUA